GAAAAAUUCAAUAAAAAUAAUUAAAAAUAAAAUUGGUGAGUUUUGUUCACGCCAGGUGUGUGGAAUUCUGGGAGUUGUUAAUGGGGUUUGGCUUUGGGAUCCCAAAAAUCAUUCAUCACCCUUAGUUUCUCCGCAAACAAUUCAAUUUCAUAUAUUAUUUCUUUUUCGUUGAGAGGGAUAAACAAAGCGAGCUUAAAACAAUCUUGGCUUGAAUUAGAAUUGAGAGAUAUGGGCGUCAACAUAUGGGGAUGCGAUGAUGGGAAGAUGGGCGAUCUUUCUUCAAUGGAGAUUUGGUGGUUGAUUAACAUAAGAGCUACACUAAUUGCUCUUCUUUUUAUAUCCCUUUUCCAUUUCUCCAAGAAGUUUUACGUUAGAUUCCUUACACCAUCGACAUCUUCUUAUUCUUCUUCUUCCUUGUUGUCAUCUGUUUCUUCACCCAUUUCUAAUCGAGAUUCUCGAUCCAGAAUCUCAGAGAUUGUGAAUGAUUCGGAUUUGAAGUUUUUAAUUGAUAAUUUGGAUGAGAAGGGAAACGAUGAUGACAAAUGGGAGAUUGUAAUCGAUAAGAAAAACAACUUUCUAUCCUACAGGGCAAAGUGCUGCAAACCUAAGGAUAGACCACUGAAAUACCUGAGCACAACAGUAUUUGAGAGUUGCACCCCAGAUCUUCUGAGGGACUUCUAUAUGGAUAAUGAUUAUAGAAAGCAGUGGGAUAAGACCGUGAUCGAUCAUAUGCAACUGCAGGUGGAUACAACAACUGGAAUUGAAAUUGGCCGUACGGUAAAAAAGUUUCCGCUUUUGACACCUAGAGAGUAUAUAUUGGCUUGGAGAUUGUGGCAGGGAAAAGAUAGAUCAUUCUAUUGUUUCAUCAAGGAAUGUGAACAUCUGUCAGCGCCACGACAGAAGAAGUAUGUUCGUGUGGAAUAUUUUAGAUCCGGUUGGCAGAUCAGAAAAGUACCUGGUAGAGAUGCCUCCGAGAUCAGAAUGUUUCACCAAGAAGAUGCUGGUCUCAACGUUGAAAUGGCAAAACUAGCAUUUGCAAAGGGCAUAUGGAAUUAUUUGUGUAAGAUGGAUAAUGCACUACGCAAUUAUCCUGUGACAAAUCAUCCUCCGACUGGUUCAUCUGUUUCUGCAGUCACUCUGAUGCGUAAGGUUCCACCUGAAUUGGAUGCUAGAACAGGCACUACUUUUUCAUCCGUCUCUGGAUCAGUAGCAAGUGACGAUGAAUCCAAGAAGAAGUUAUUAAGAAGACCAUCAAAAAAGUUAGUGGCAAAAAGUUUGCUUCUUCUUGGGGGUGUGAUCUAUCUGUGUCGCGCGCACUCCGCCUUGGGUGGAAAAGUUACAGUGUCAUACAUCUUAACAAAAUUGAGAAAACGCAGUGAUUCAUCGAGCCAAAGCAGCCCAAGUUGAGGUACCUGGUUCUGGCUUUGUUCCAUCCUCGCAACUAGUUUUGAUUUGAUGGUUUUAAUAAGACUAGCAAUGUAGACAUAUCUAAGUUAGGGCUGAACGUCAACUAGGGAGACAGAAAAAGCCUGACAAAGGGAGAUUUUGGUCUGUAAUUAUUUGUUUUGGUAAAUAUAGGAUCACCGGAUUCAGACACAUAUAACAGGGGGUAUAUCUAGUUUGUGUUCAUGUACUUGGAGGGUUAUAUCUAUGUCCAGUAAUGUGUUGGAUUGGUGUGAAAUACGGAUACUUGAUAUAUCAUGUAAAUUAUUUGAUUCA